UAGUGAGGCUGGCGGCUCCGUGCUCACUCAUGACAUAAAUAGACAAUCGGAAUCAAUCCACAUUCAGACACCGCAGGAAUCUCCAGCAACAAGCAACAACCGAGCAACUUGAUGAACACUGCACCGAGACCUUUGGCGUAGGAGCCCACGACCCCUCUGCAGCUUCGGGAGAAACUUCCUCUUCUCAGCAAGCCAAUAUGACCAACGAGCAGAUGACGCAGUUUUGCAACAGCUUAACCUCAGAGCAGCUUCAGUCUUAUGGAGGCUACCCCUCUGCAGCCUCGGAAGAACCGUCCUCUUCUCAGCAAGCCGGUUUGACCAACGAGCAAAUGACGCAGCUCUGCAACAGCCUGACCUCAGAGCAGCUUCUGGACUAUGCAGGCUACGACCCCUCUGUAGCCUCGGGAGACUGUAAGGAGGUGGAUAGGUGAGGAACCUAAGGGCGGUUACGUGAUGGAUCGACCUUGAACAGGCUGGAUGGAUGAAGGAUGGAUAUAGGUGAGGAGGAUACUACGAG